AUGUCGUCGGAUUCACCGACUCCAGUUUUAAGCAAACGACGCAAAGAUAAGGACGACAUCCGAGGUCCACACCGAUUGUCUCUGGACCUGUACUAUACGGAAGAUCAAAUUUAUGAGCUGUCCUAUUCAAGGGAAGCCAAAACUACCAAAACACUUCCUGCAACAAUCCCCUGCAAACCCCCUCUUGUAGCAGAAUGGGUUUCAGCUAUUGAACAAAAGCCUGAUCCUCUUACGUUCAGCAAACACUUCCAGCAAAUGGUGGAUUUCUGGUGUGUUUCAAAGCAGGGAUACAGGUGUCAAGAUUGUGGGAUGAACUGCCAUGGUCAAUGCAAAGAUCAUAUGUCAUCAGAGUAUAAGAGGCGACUUAAACAAAGUCACAGUUUUGCUCUGGGAUCAAGGUCAGCUCUUCCCAUAACUCCAGGAUCCAAAAAUUCAAGCACAGGAUCAGAGGAGGAUGGAUUUACUUUUCCCCGGGGUGACAGCACCGAGCAUGAAAAUGGAGGCAAGGAGACCACUACUGUACGUCUUGGAAGCUCUGAUCACCCCCAAAUUAACAGUAAGUGUCUGACCAUUGAUGCUGCAACACAGACUGAGUCAUCUUGUUUGGAUAAUGACUCUAACUGGACAUGGACAGACAGUAAAAUGGCAGGCCAAGAUACCAAACACCAAGACCAGCAGUACCUUGUUAAUGACAGUUUGAUAGAAGAAGAACAAAAGCAAGCAGACAGCAGACAGCUCUUGCAGAGGAUAAAGGAACUGGAAGAGGAAAGAGACAGUUUAUUGAUAAAAAAUGCAGACCUGUGUUCAACAAAUGCCCAGCUGGAAGCAGAGAAUGCCCACCUCCAGGGACAGAUUAGCAUAAUGCAUGAAGACCUGGAAGCUCUUAAUAACAGACCAGAGUCCUUCAGCCAUUCCAGUGUUAGUUUUAUUCUACAAAAAAUGGACUCCUUUCAUCUUCAGCAAGACUCUUAGAAGUAACAGGACUUCCCAGAGAACCUAAAAAAAACUAAAAAAGCACAGAUCACUUCAGCUUUUCACAGGCAUCAUUCCUUGUUUGGAUCCAUCAGUGAUAUUCCUGUCAUACGUUAAAGGAAUGACAGUGAAAGAUGAUGAAAAGUAUAGCAUGUUCUUGUGCAAUACUGCCUUUUAAGGAUUGCGUUGCAUUCCUUAAGUAGUACAGUGGUUCCUGCAGCCAGAUUUUUGGCUAGAUUGUUUAAAAAGUGUACAGUAUUACAAAAAAUAGCAGCUAAAAUAACUUCACCAGCACUGUAUGAUUUGCAACAUUACACAUUGCCUUAUAAUGGAGUGUACUGCUAGACUGUUGGUAAAAAAGCAAGGACACGAUACUUACUUUCUGCUUCCCAGCUAAGGUCCCCAUUAUAUAGGGGGUAUUUGGACAUCAUGAAGAUACCUCUGUUUUGGGUACUCUUUAAGCUAAAGCCACCUGUCUUACAUAAUAUCAAAGCUGCUGCUCUGCAGUUCAGUAAUGAUUUCUGAAUGUUCUCUGCCUCACCAAUGUCUUAAAUGUAUACAGGAGAACUUAAUUAUUCCCAUUGUAAAAGCCAACCUGAAUAUUCUACAGUAUGAAUCUCUUUUGUCUUAAAGUUGCAGCAAUAGAUGGUGAAGACAGUAAUUUACAUACACAGAUACAGGUGUAAAUGUACACACAUCUGCAUGUGUGAAUCUGCUAGUGAGGAAAAUAUUUGUGUGUGUGUGUUUUGCACUGAAUACAAGAGAGAAUGUUAUAAUUGAAGAGCAUACUUCCACAAUGCAGCACUUUUAAUAGAUACAGGCACUCUUGACUGGUGCUUGGCUGUAGUAGCUUAAUAUUAAGGCACCCAGAUGAUUGUGUUUGAGUUUACCUUGUUGGAUGUAAUUUUAUUCAUAUAAUAUACUUUGUUUAUUUGUACAGAGCUACAUAGUUUAUAUGUACUGAAACUUCAUGUGAGUUUUGAAACUGGUGACAGUGUGUCAGAUUGAAAGGAUUAAUCCAGUCUUUUGUAAUUUAUUCAGAACAUUUCCUGUAUUCUUCCUGGAAUUUUCAGCAUUACCAAGUGGGAUCAGACUAUUCAAACUAGGUUAAACCAGUGCAGUCAGCAUUUGUUUUAUACAAAUCCUGGGCACAAUUUGCAGUGAAACGUUGCAACAACACAAUUAUGUACAAAUGAAACCUAGCCUCUGAAGUGCACGAUUGAAAUAAAAACUACACUUUCAUGAGAGACAGUGAAGCAUAUAAAGUGAAUGUAUCUUUAAAUAUAAUAAUGGAAACUCAGCCUUGUAGAAACUAUUGUGUUUCUUGCCUUAAACUUUGUAUUUUAUUAAACAUUACACAGUAAGUGCCA